CAGCCCUUUGUUGUUGUUCUCACGCUAAUAUGCGAGAUCCGUACAGCCGACUCGACUGCGCGGUCGCAUUCCGCCCCGACUUCCCCUCUGCCAGCGGCCUGGUGGUUUGAGAUGAGUAGAAGAUGUCGGUUUCGGGGCUGAAGGCCGAACUGAAGUUUUUGGAGUCAAUUUUUGACCCAAACCACGAACGAUUCAGAAUAAUAGACUGGAAACCCGAUGAACUGAGUUGCCAAUUCAACGUAACGGGGGAGAAGCUGCUGAUCAUCCACUGCAACAUCACGGAAUCUUAUCCCUCAACGCCACCAAUAUGGUUUGUCGACUCUGAUGAUCCCAGUCUGGCCGAAGUCUUGGAGCGCCUAGAGGAUGUGAGGAAAGGCAACACGUUGCUUCUUCAGCAGUUGAAGCGCCUUAUUUGUGAUCUCUGUCGGCUUUACAACCUGCCACAACAUCCUGAUGUAGAAAUGCUGGACCAGCCUCUACCUGCUGGCCCGAUCACCCAAGACAGAAAACACGGACUAUCAGAUGAGGUGACAUCUGAAGAGGAAGAAGAGGAUGAAAUGGGAGAGCAGGAUAUUGAUUUGGACCAAGACCUGGACCAUUACGAAAUGAAAGAAGAGGAGCCGGUGGAUGGAAAAAAGUCAGAAGAUGAAGGGAUAGAAAAAGAAAAUCUGGCCAUCUUGGAGAAAAUCCGUAAAAGUCAAAGACAAGAUCACUUGAAUGGUGCAGUCUCUGGCUCAGUGCAAGCCUCAGACCGCCUAAUGAAGGAACUCAGGGAGAUCUACAGGUCACAGAGUUAUAAGACAGGUAUUUAUUCAGUCGAACUAGUCAAUGACAGCCUUUAUGAAUGGCAUGUCAAGUUAAGGACGGUAGACCCAGAUAGUCCAUUGCAUAGUGACUUGCAGGUCUUAAAAGAAAAGGAAGGAGUGGAUUACAUUCUGCUCAAUUUUUCUUAUAAAGAUAAUUUUCCCUUUGACCCACCUUUUGUACGGGUUGUCUCACCUGUGCUCUCUGGAGGUUAUGUUCUAGGAGGAGGAGCCUUGUGCAUGGAACUUCUCACAAAACAGGGCUGGAGCAGUGCCUAUUCCAUAGAAUCUGUCAUUAUGCAGAUAAAUGCAACCUUGGUUAAAGGAAAAGCCAGGGUGCAGUUCGGAGCCAAUAAGAACCAGUACAAUCUUGCCAGAGCACAACAGUCAUACAAAUCCCUGGUUCAGAUUCAUGAAAAGAACGGCUGGUACACACCACCUAAAGAGGAUGGAUAAGGAGCUACUACCACUAUGCACUGGGAACAUGUCUUUGAGUCAUCUUGCUUUCUUUGGAAUAUUUUCCCUGUCUGACUUACUGGGAAUAAAUCACCAUUCUCACGGAAACCAUCUUGUUGGCUCAUUUGACAAGUAUUCCCAUCACCCUGCUCCAGGAAAGACUUUAUUCCGCUCUCACGUUGCUUCUCCCCCUCAGUGUUUUAGUGAGGAGGAUGAUGUGAGGUUAUCACUAGUUUUGUUUUCUAAAUAUGCUCAUUUGUUUUUGAAAACAAAGAACUUUUCUCCCUUGAAAUUUGGGGAAAUGCUUUUUUUCUUCAGCGGCUUUGACAAAGCGGGCUUCACAGUCCAUUUACCCCUCGUUAAAUGGGAAUUUUAAAAGAAGAUUGAUACACAAGCGGCACCUCAUCACAACUGCUUUUGUUUUUCUUUUUUUUCCUUUUUAUUUGUUUUUGUUUUUUUAAAUUAACUGGUACAUAAAUGCAAACAUUGUUCUAGAAAUGUUAUUUGGCAGUUGUUUUUAUUAUUUGAGUAUCCUAGACAACAAAUGAUACAAUUUUGUAAGUUUAUCUUAAAAUUGAGAAUACCUACUACUCAUUGUCCUUUUUGCUCUUGCUUUUUUUAUGAUGUGUGAAGAAUAUCCGCUCAAGCAGAAUCAGAACGCUGCAGUGUUGUUGGUCAGUUAUUGCUCAACAAAUCAACCUGCAGUUAAAUAGAAAAUAAGGCCAAUGGAUGUGAAAUAUAUCAGAAUCUCCAUAUUUGUGUAUCUUAUAGUGGGAGGAUACAUAAGAUACAAGUUCACCAAUGGGGCUCCUGUUGCCUUAUUUUUGUUAAAGGCCCUGCACGUGCUUUUUUUUUUUUUUUUUUUUUUUUUAAUUUUAUUUUAAAUUUUAUUUUUAUUUUUAAUUUAAAUGAUUAUAGCUGUAGAGGUUGAUUGCUAGCUGGAUGCUGAUAGUGAAGCCCUCUGUGUGUAAAGUUAACAGCAUGUUGUACAGAAGCCCCCUUCUCAACUGCUGCUGUUAAAAACUAGAUGGAUUUGAUUGCAGUCACUUUAUUAAGCAGAACUGCUGAAGGGGGGCUUUGAGGAAAUAAAUUGAGGUUUUCUAGAUGUUUAUUAGUUAUUCCCCUUUUUUUUCUUUUUUUUUUUUUCCUUUUAAGCAAAUUCGUCAUAUCAUCCUCAUCAAUUUUUAUGCCCCCCCCACCCCCCCCACCCAUUUAAAAAUGCUGCCCUGUCACUCGACAUGACUUGCAGCUAAAUGUGCGUCACCUGUCAGGCUUCCUCUGCUACCACAAUAUCCCACAGGUGUGUUUCAGUGUUGUGUUUGGAAAAGAUGAUUUGUGUGAUUAUUAAACUACAUUUGAACUUUGACCAUGCAAUAUACUGUAGUACACCGAGAGUACUGCUGUUCCCCCAAAUUACAGGACACACACUGUAUCAAUCUUUUGGCUCUUUUGCAGUUUAUUUGUUAACACUGUCUGCAAAAGUAUGUUUGAAUGGCAACUCAGGUAACAAACAAUACUUAGGAGGGGGAUCUGUAUAUGUACACGUUGAGCUGCGGGUGACUUUCUGGGUUGAAUUUAGUGCUCUGUUCCAGCAAUGUUUUGGCUAAUUUGCCCACUGAUCUGACAUCUGAAACAGGAAACUAAAUGAGCUUUAAAACACGGGUCACAUGUUUUUGUAAUAAAAGCAAUUUGCAGAGAGAGCUGGAUUGCAAGGAGCAUGUUGACCACUGCGUGUGAUGGCUCUCGCUGUUUUGUUUUUAACUUCAAACUACUCAUGUGAGAUUUUAGUGUGUGAUCUUAAGUUUCCCAGGUUUUUUUUUUUUUUUUUUU